AAGACACUGACACUCUUGAACAAUGGACAGAAAGAAAAGAAAACUGGAAUCUGGUGAUCGGCAGGACGACGACCGCCUUCGUAUAUUGGACAGUUUUGAGGGUUUUAAAGUGAAGAGCGUGAUCAGUGAAAACUCGCGAUGCAAAACGGCUGUCAUCCACGGGGAGCUGGACGGGAAAGACGCCAUUGUUUUGUUGGAAAGAAAACCAUUCAACCUCAGUAAUGUUAGCAACUACUUUACGGAGGAAACAGGUUUAGAGAAUACAUUGAAGAAUGACAUUUAUGGAACUUAUGAUGCAUAUCCACCGAAAGUAGAGAAUGCUGUGAAGGCGGUGGUGAUUCACCCUGCCACAGAGAAACAUGUGCAGAAGUACACAGACCAGGAGCGAUACAUUGUGCAUGAGACACCCAGUCUAUAUGAACAGGUGACACUGCCACUCAUCACAAGCAAACAGUUCAGCAUACAGUGGGUGUACAACAUACUGGAGAAGAAGAAGGAGGCUGAUCGUAUUGUGUAUGAGGACACAGACCCUGACACAGGGUUCAUCCUGCUGCCAGACAUGAAGUGGGACCGAACAGACACAAGUGCCCUGUACCUGGUAGCAAUUGUCCACAAACAUAACAUCAAGUCUUUGCGAGACCUGGACACAGGGAGCCUUCCGCUGCUGCAAAAUAUACUCAAGAAAGGGCUGAAAGCUAUUCAGGACACCUAUGACAUUCCAGCCAGCAAACUGAAUGUUUACAUCCAUUACCAGCCGUCAUACUACCAUUUUCAUGUGCAUUUCACCAAUGUUAAGUUCGAAGCACCGGGGUUCGGAGCUGAUAGGGCUCAUCUUCUGGCUGAUGUAAUUAACAAUAUACAGUUGUAUGGCGACUUCUACAAGAAAAAGACGCUGACGUUCCUCGUAAGAGAGCAAGAAGACUUGUACAUGAAGUUUAAAGAUGCAGGAUACUUUGAUUGCUCUGAAGAAGUCUCUGUAGAAAAAUAAUAAAUAAAUCGACAUUUAGCAUCA